AUGUGCGCAGUGGACAGAUGGGUCUCGGCAAGGAUCGACCCGGAGCACUCCAAGGCUCUCUUCCGGCGGAGCGCGGAGCCUCGGCUUUGGUUGAAGCCUUCGGGCCUCGCCUUCGAGGCCCUGAGAUCCUAUGGCGCGGCGCUGCAGGAUGUGGAGGCGCUGAAGGCGCUGGGGGGCGGCGGUCUAUCGGAGGACGCUCUCAGCGCUCGGCUCGCCGAGCUGCAGAAGAAGCAGGCCGAAGUGGAGCGCCUUGAGAGAGAGGAGCAGCAGAGCAAGGCGGAGGAUCCUAUGGGCAUGGCCAUGGUGAACGUGAAGGAGCGCUUCGACGAGGUCUGCGAGAAGUAUGACCUCCGCGACGGUGAGGCGGCUGGCCAGGUGGCAGAUUGGCUGACUUCUGGUGAGUGGGAAGUGACGCCCAAGCGAGUUGCGCAGCGGUUCAAGAUGGAAGAGGAAGACGCGCAGGUCUUCCUCGCAUGGAUCGCGCAGGGCCUUGACUUCAAGGUCAAGAACACACAGGCCCAAUCAGAGGCUGGCGCUCUCGCACCGGCGUCCUCCCUCGUCCAGUGA